AUGGAUCAUGCCAGAGCGGCAAUCUCUAACUUGUUUGGUGGUGAGCCAAUGUCGUACACGCGCUUCAGCAUGGCCCGGCAAACAGAUGGAGACAACAGCCAUGUGGAGAUGAAGCUGUCUGCUGAUGAUGAGGAAGGAGGGGAGAUUGGGAGACCAGAGCACCUACAUGCCAGCAGGCCUACUCCCUGGAGAAGUGGCAAGAAAUUCUGCUUCCUAGUCAUGGCAGCUGUCCUCCUCCUUUUUAUUGGGUUUCUGAUCGGCUACUUGAGUUACCGUGGACGAAUGCAGAAAGCAGUCAGGUGUCUGGAUGGAAGUGGCAAGUGUGAGAUGACUCCUACCACAUCUUACUUAGCGGAUGAUGAUCAAACUGAGGAAGAAGAGGUUCCUGGACCACCUGUCUUAUACUGGCCUGACCUCAGAGCCCUGUUGUCAAAUAAACUGUCAAGCAGACAUCUUGAAGACAGCUUGAGGCAAAGAGCAAAUAAGUACUCUUUUGAAGCUGGCCAGAGUGAAGAUGAGAGCAUUGCCAGCUACAUUCAUGACCAGUUCAUCAGCUUCCACUUGGAUGAAGUGUGGAACGAUGAGCACUACAUUAAGCUGCAGGUCAAAGGCAGUAGCAACAACCAAGUGUCUAUUCUGGAAGAUGAUGCAGAGGACGAACUGGAGAGUCCCGAUGCAUAUGUGGCAUACAGCAAGAAUGACUCAGUUGUUGGCAAACCAGUCUAUGUGAACUAUGGACUGAAAACUGAUUUUCAGAAGAUCCAGAAGCAAGGUGUUUCACUGAAUGAAACUAUAGUCAUCUUCAGAGCUGGAAAAAUAACCCUUGCUGAGAAGGUUGCAAAUGCCCAAGAGGCAGGAGCAGUUGGUGCCCUGAUGUACCUGGACCCCUACGAUUACAGGAAUACAGAUGAACUUGUCCCCUUCGGACAUGCCCACCUUGGAACUGGAGACCCUUUCACCCCAGGCUUCCCUUCUUUCAACCACACCCAGUUCCCACCACUGGUAUCUUCUGGACUACCUCGCAUUGCUGUUCAGACUAUCUCUAGCCAAGCAGUAGGCAAGCUGUUCAGCAAAAUGGAUGGAGAUGAAUGCCUUCCGAUGUGGAAAGGUGGUGUCCUGGGAUGUAAGGUGAUGCUGAGCAGCACGAGCAAGAUGAGAGUGAAACUAAGCGUGAACAACGUUAUGGCAGACAGGAAGAUUCUGAACAUCUUUGGUGCUAUCAAGGGGUUUGAAGAACCAGAUCGGUAUGUGGUGAUUGGAGCCCAGAGAGACUCCUGGGGCCCAGGAGCAGCCAAGGCUGGUGUUGGAACUGCCAUGUUGUUGGAACUUGCCCGUGUGAUUUCAGACAUGGUGAAAAAUGAUGGCUACAAACCAAGGCGCAGUAUCAUCUUUGCCAGCUGGAGUGCAGGAGACUACGGAGCUGUGGGUGCUACUGAAUGGCUGGAGGGAUACUCUGCCACGCUGCAUGCCAAAGUCUUCACUUAUAUUAACUUGGAUGCUGCAGUCCUAGGUGUCAAGCACAUGAAGAUUUCUGCUAGCCCAUUGCUGUACACAUUACUGGAGAGAACUAUGAAGGGGGUGAAGGACCCAACAAAGGAAUCGGGAAGCCUGUAUGACAGAGUUGGCUCUGACUGGGUGAAAACAGUUGUUCCCCUUGGUCUGGAUAAUGCAGCAUUCCCUUUCCUGGCUUACUCGGGAAUCCCGGUGGUUUCCUUUGGUUUCUGCAAUAAAGAUGAGGAAUAUCCCUUCUUGGGCACUUCUCAGGACACUGUGGAGAACCUGAGGACAACUGACAAGUUGUAUGCUCUUAUGCGUGCUGCUGCAGAAGUUGCUGGACAAAUAGCUCUCAGGCUGACUCAUGAUCAUGAGCUCUUCCUGGACUUUGAGAGAUAUGGUGAAGAAUUGCUAGCUUUUCAGGAGAAGAUUUUGCCCUACGAUCGGAAUGUGAAGGCGCUGGGGCUGACCUUGAACUGGCUGUUUUUUGCCCGUGGUGACUUCCAGCGAGCUACAGAUGCACUGAGGAGAGACAUUGCAAACAGUGACAGGGAAAACAGGAUCGUCCGCAGGGCCCUGAAUGACAGGAUCAUGAAGGUGGAGUAUGACUUCCUCUCCCCGUACCUCUCGCCAAAAGAUGCUCCCUUUCGCCACGUCUUCUUCGGCAGAGGCUCCCAUACCCUGCAGAGUCUGCUGGAGAACCUACAGCUGCUGAGUACCAGCCCGAACAGUGUGGAUGUGAACAUGCUGAAAGAGCAGCUGGCCCUGGUGACCUGGACCAUUAAAGGGGCUGCCAAUGCCUUAGUGGGUGAUAUCUGGGAUACAGAUAAUGAAUUCUAGACACGGCAGACACCUGGUUAAGGUACAGGAUUAGGGAAACCCACUCCCUAACAUGGCAU